CUCCUAUCACUCAUCGCUGUGCGAUCCGAGGAAACAAUCAUCAAGCACUUUUUCUUUAAUUGAGAUACCCAGUCGAUUUGACUAGCACUGCCCAACAUGUCUCUUUCCGUCGAGCUCGAGACGCCAACUUCUGGCAAGUACACUCAGCCAACCGGACUUUUCAUCAACAAUGAGUUCGUGAAAGGUGUGGAUGGUAAGACCUUCGAGGUCAUCAACCCAGCCACCGAGGAGGUCAUCACCUCCGUCCACGAGGCCACCGAGAAGGAUGUCGACAUCGCCGUCGCCGCCGCUCGCAAGGCAUUCGAGGGACCAUGGAGACAAGAGACCCCAGAGAACCGUGGCAAGCUCCUGAACAAGCUCGCCGACCUGUUCGAGAAGAACCUCGACCUCUUGGCCUCCGUUGAGGCUCUCGACAACGGCAAGGCUCAGGCCAUGGCUAAGGUCGACAUCAGCAUGUGCGCUGGCUGCCUGCGAUACUAUGGUGGCUGGGCCGACAAGAUCGAGGGCAAGGUUGUUGAUACCACACCAGACACCUUCAACUACAUCAAGAAGGAGCCAAUUGGUGUUUGCGGACAAAUCAUCCCAUGGAACUUCCCAUUGCUCAUGUGGGCAUGGAAGAUUGGCCCAGCCAUUGCCACCGGUAACACUGUCGUCCUGAAGACUGCUGAGCAGACACCUCUUGGUGGUCUCGUUGCCGCUACCCUCAUCAAGGAGGCUGGCUUCCCACCUGGAGUUGUCAACGUCAUCUCUGGUUUCGGUAAGGUCGCUGGUGCGGCUAUCGCCUCCCACAUGGACGUCGACAAGGUCGCCUUCACUGGCUCGACCGUUGUUGGCCGACAAAUCCUCAAGGCCGCCGCUGGCUCCAACUUGAAGAAGGUCACCCUCGAGCUUGGUGGCAAGUCACCAAACAUUGUCUUCGACGAUGCUGACAUUGACAACGCCAUCUCGUGGGUCAACUUCGGUAUCUUCUUCAACCACGGCCAAUGCUGCUGUGCCGGUUCGCGUAUCUACGUCCAGGAGGGUGUCUACGACCAGUUCAUCCAGCGCUUCAAGGAGCGAGCUGCCAAGAACGUCGUUGGUGACCCAUUCGCCAAAGACACCUUCCAAGGUCCUCAGGUUUCCCAGGUGCAGUUUGACCGCAUCAUGAACUACAUCAAGGCUGGCAAGGACGCCGGUGCCAACGUCGAGAUUGGCGGUAACCGCAAGGGAGACAAGGGCUACUUCAUCGAGCCAACAAUCUUCUCCAACGUCACCGAGGACAUGCAAAUCAUGCAAGAGGAGAUCUUCGGCCCAGUCUGCUCCAUCUCCAAGUUCAAGACCAAGGAGGAGGUCAUCAAGAUUGGCAACAGCACCACCUACGGUCUCGCCGCCGCUGUCCACACCAAGAACCUCAACACCGCCAUCGAGGUCUCCAACGCCCUCAAGGCAGGUACCGUCUGGGUCAACACCUACAACACUCUCCACCACCAGCUUCCAUUCGGUGGUUACAAGGAGUCUGGUAUCGGCCGUGAGCUUGGCGAGAACGCACUUGACAACUACGUGCAAUACAAGACUGUUUCCAUCCGUCUUGGUGAUGCUCUCUUCGGUUAAGCGAUGCUACCUAAUGCUGGGAAUGCUUUUCAUGUAACUAGUUAUGAGGCUAUGAGAUGAUGUAAAAAGUAAAAAAGCUUCAAAAACAUUCACAAUUCUCGUUUUCCCUUCC